ACACACGAAACUGAAAAUUACAUGUACAGGAACAAAUGCAAUGUCACAAGAUACACACCAACUGAAUCCACACAGAAGUGUCUAGGACAGUUUUUAAAAAGCAAAGAUCAACAGCUCCUACACAGAGUGAUCUCCCAGUUGUGAUCUGAAAAUCCAGUAUCUGCUGGAUAUAUAUAUAUUUCCUUUCCAGUUGCAAGACAACAUUUGAAGUGCAAUCAUGACAUUCAGAAGGAGUUUGUCUAGAAAAAGUGAAACAAACAAAAUGAACAGUCAGAACUAUGAAGAAGCACCUGAACUCAGCUGUGUGUCCUUGAAGAGGGAUUCAAUGGAUCUUCCGUGUAACUUUAUUGCAAAAGACUCCGCUGCAAAUGUAAGGUACACAACAUAUGGAUCAAAAUCCUUCAAAAUGAAGCACAUGGAUUCUAUUUUCCAGGAGCUUGAGCAUAAAAUCAUCUCUCUGAUGAAGAAAGAGCUGAAGAUUUUCAAGAGACUACUGAGUACAGAUUACCCAACAUGCUCAGAGAGAGAAGAUGAGGAUGAUGAAGGUCAAAAGAGAGUUAGAGGGGGACUUCUGAAGAUUACACUGCAUAUCCUGAAAGAGAUGAACCAGACAGACCUCGCUAACAUACUACAGACCCAAUGUGCCCCCUUGUUUUUGAAAAAACACAAAUCCAGACUCAAAGAGAAAUUUCAGAGGAUGAAUGAAGGAAUAUCAAAUCAAGGAAACUCAAUCCUUGUGAAUGAGAUCUACACCGAGCUCUACAUCACAGAGGGAGGUAUGGGAGAGGUCAAUAAUGAACAUGAGGUGAGACAGAUUGAGACAACAUCCAGAAAAUCAGAGAUACAAGAAACACCAAUCAAAUGUAAUGACAUCUUUAAAGCUUCAUCUGGACAAGACAAACACAUCAGAACUGUGCUGACUAAAGGAGUUGCUGGAAUUGGAAAAACCGUCUCUGUACAGAAGUUUAUAUUGGACUGGGCUGAAGGAAUAGAAAAUCAGGAUGUUCACUUCAUAUUUCCACUUCCUUUCAGAGAGCUGAAUCUGAUAAAACAAGAAAAUAUUAGUCUGAUGAAUCUUCUUAAUCAGUUCUUUACAGAUACAAAAGAUCUGAGAUCAACAGACUUUAAUGACUACAGUGUUUUGUUUAUCUUUGAUGGUCUGGAUGAGUGUCGACUUCCUCUAGAUUUCUCAAACAAUCAGAAUUUGUUUGAUAUAAGAGAAUCAGCACCAGUGGAUGUACUGUUGACAAACCUCAUCAAGGGGAAUCUGCUUCCUUCUGCUCUGAUCUGGAUAACAUCACGACCAGCAGCAGCCAAUCAGAUUCCUCCUGACUGUGUCCACCAGAUCACAGAUGUACGAGGAUUCAAUGAUCCUCAGAAGGACGAAUAUUUCAUGAAGAGAAUAAAUGAUGAGAGUCUGGCCAACAGAAUCAUCAGUCACAUCAAAUCAUCCAGAAGUUUGUACAUCAUGUGUCACAUCCCAGUCUUCUGUUGGAUUACAGCCACUGUUCUAGAGAGAAUGUUGAAUGAAGCAGACAGUCAAACGGAGAUCCCCAAGACUCUCACCCAAAUGUUCACACACUUCCUGAUCUUUCAGACCAAACUGAAGAGUCAGAAGUAUGAUGGGAAAUGUGAAAUAGAUCUUCCCCUGAUAGGUCAGCAGGCUAGAAAAAGUAUUCAGUCACUAGGAAAGCUGGCUUAUCAACAGCUGGAGAAAGGGAAUCUGAUCUUCUAUGAGGAGGAUCUGAGAGAGUCUGGCAUUGAUGUUAAAGAAGCUUCAGUGUACUCAGGAGUUUGUACUCAGAUCUUCAGAGAGGAGUUUGGACUUUACGUGGAGAAAGUUUACAGUUUUGUGCAUCUAAGUGUUCAGGAAUUUCUUGCUGCUUUAUUUGUGUUUCUGAUUUUUACUCAAGACAAAGAAAAAAACUCAAGAAUGAGUGAUUUACUGAAGAGUGAAGUGGACAAGGCCUUACAGAGUGAUAACGGACACCUGGAUCUUUACCUCCGAUUCCUUCUGGGUCUCUCACUGAAGACCAAUCAGAUGAUCUUACGAAAUCUGAUGACACAGACAGAAAGAACUUCAGACAGCAAACAGGAAAUAGUUGAGUACAUUAAGAUGAAGAUCAGAGAGAAUCCCUUACCAGAGAAAUCAAUCAAUCUGUUUCACUGUCUGAACGAACUGAAUGAUCAAUCUCUAGUGCAGGAAAUCCAAACAUACCUGAACAAAAGGGAUAACUGUAAUCUUACUGGUGUCAGUCUCUCACCUGCUCAGUGGUCGGCUCUGGUGUUUGUCUUGCUAAACACAGAAGAAAAGCUUGAUGAAUUUAAUCUGAAGAAAUAUGAUGGAUCAGAUGAAUGUCUUCUCAGGCUUCUGCCAGUGGUCAAAGAAUCCAGAAAAGCUGAAUUGAGUUUUUGUAAUUUAACAGACAAAAGUUGUUCAUCAUUGGCCUCAGUUCUCAGCUCAAGCUCCUCAAGUCUGAGAGAACUGAAACUUAAUAACAAUAAACUGCAGGAUUCGGGAGUGAAGAUUCUCUCUGAUGGACUGAAGAAUACAAACUGUAAACUAAAGUCAUUACAGCUGUCUGACUGCAGUAUUGGAGCUGAAGGUUGUGUUGCUUUGGUUUCAGCUCUGAGAUCUAACCCAUCACAACUGACAGAACUGAAUCUGAGCAGAAAUAAACCAGGAGAUUCAGGAGUGAAGCUGAUCUCUAAUCUACUGAAUGAUCCACACUGUCAACUAAAGAAACUAAUGCUGUCUUACUGCAGUAUUGGAGCUGAAGGUUGUGUUGCUUUGGCUUCAGCUUUAAGUUCAAACCCAUCACAUCUGAGAGAACUAAAUCUGAACUAUAAUAAACCAGGAGAUUCAGGAGUGAAGCUGCUCUUCAAUCUACUGGAAGAUCCACAGUGUAAACUAGAAAAACUACAACUGAGUAACUGUGAUCUGACAGAGAAAAGUUGUUCAUCACUGGCCUUGGUUCUUGGCUCAAACUCCUCAAGUCUGACAGAACUGGACCUUAGUUACAAUAAACUGCAGGAUUCAGGAGUGAAGCUGCUGUCUGAUGGACUGAAGAAUAUGAACUGUAAACUGGAGAUAUUACAGCUGUUUAACUGCAGUAUUGGAGCUGAAGGUUGUGUCGCUCUGACUUCAGCUCUGGUAUCAAAUCCAUCACAUCUGAGAGAACUGAAUCUGAGUUUAAAUAAACCUGGAGAUUCUGGAGUGAAGCGGCUCUCCGAUCUACUGAAAGAUCCACACUGUAAACUAGAGAAACUGCUUCUGAGUUCCUGUAAUCUUACAAAAAAAAGUUGUUCAUCGUUGGCCUCAGUUCUUAGCUCAAACUCCUCAAAUCUGAGAGAACUGAACCUGAAUAUCAAUAACCUGCAGGAUUCAGGAGCGAUGCUGCUCUCUGAUGGACUGAAGAAUAUAAACUGUAAACUGGAGACAUUACAGCUGUCUGACUGCAGUAUUGGAGCUGAAGGUUGUGCUGCUUUGGGUUCAGCUCUGAGAUCAAACCCAUCACAUCUGAGAAAUCUGAAUCUGACCUGGAAUAAACCAGGAGACUCAGAAGUGAAGCGGCUCUCUGAUCAACUGAAGGAUUCAAACUGUAAACUAGAUAUCGAGCAUUGUCUGUAACAACAAAACGGACAAAUUCCACACAUAACUUCAUCAUAAACUGCAAGAGCCGCCACUUACUGCAUCAUACUGGACAAACAGCAGCAGUGAUCUAACACUGUAUGUUUUUUUGGUUAUGUGAAUGUUAGAGGAAUGUUACAUCCUAAUUUUAAUGUUCUCUUAAUGUUUACAACACCUAUUUUGCAUAUUUAAAUACUUUUGGCUUGUUAUGCAAAUAUGAGAAAAACUGAUGAAUCCUAUCACUUGUUUGGUGAUGUUUUGUCACAAAAUAGGACCGAGUUCUGUCACUUAUUGGCCGAUUACACAGAGCAACAUGGGGAACACGGUUGACUGUACAGAUUAUACUAUCUACAGCAGUGAUGCAGUGUACCAGUUCAUUAGAUAAAGCUACAACAUACGCAAGCAGGAAUGGCAGUGUUCUAGAAUAAGGCUUAAUACAAACUAGGCAUGCCUAAACACACUCACACAUGUUUUGCUGUAGAUGUACAGUAGGUUUUUGAAAUAAAAGACAAAAAGGCACGCUUAGUGCAAGUGUCAAACUAAUAGUGUUUAUAAAACUAUUUUCAGGUGUUAAUGUUGUCAUAAUGUUUCAUGACUGUUAAAACUGAUAACUCAAACACAAUUAAAGUAAUAAUCUUUGACAUAAUGUGAUUUAAAUAUUAUAAUACACUAGUCAACAUUUGAAGCGGAUAAAAAAAUUUCUUAGGAAGACUUGUGUGAACGUUUUUGAUCCACUUUAAAUGUUGAUUAGUAUAUUAGUUCACAAGGUUUAAAUAUCUACAUGAAAAAAUCCUGUGAACAAAAUUCUGGGUCAUCUUCUGAUUAAGAUGAUUUAUUUAUCUCAUAUAUGACACUCAUUUAUACAUUUGUUUUCCACCAGAAAACUUCUACUAAAGUGAGAAACAAUUUCCAUCCAAAUUUAAAAAAACAUGUAUAGAGGCACAUUGUUACUUUUGAGUUUUUGUUUGUUACAAAUUGGGGUGCUUGUUUUACUUUGAGAACAUAAAUGUGGAGCUGCUCAGAUUUCUUGAUAGACACAAAAAUGAAAUCUUUUAAACGGAAAACCCCUGUCUUUAGUUCACUUGUCCUAAACUUAUCCAUGACUCCCAGGAUGCAUUGCAGUUUUAAACAUUAAUUCAAUGGUUUCUAUCUGUUGUCUUGCUGUCUGAGGCCAGUUGUAGUAAGUGAAGAUGGUAAUUUUGAGGUUUUGUAUUUCUGUUCUGGUAAGAUCUUGAGAGGUUUCAUGUAUUCAUCUGUUAUUUGCAGUUGAUUUCAGGCUUUGUGGUUGUUUUAUUUUCUGAGAGAGCAAACAUGACGUUGAUGCAGCGUCACAUUAUAACAUCAAUUCAUAACCAUUUUUGAUUUUUUUUAUAAAAAAAAUGUCAACAUUAAUUGCAGGUGCAAAAUUUAUUCUAAUUUAGUGCACUGUCAUUGCGCAUUAACAUUUUUUAACAUUGAUUCAGUGUUUCCUUGCUAACCGAGACUGUUUUAAAAUUUAAAAUUUAAAUUUAGGGGCAGUCUUUUUAUACUUUCACCUGUCUAACAAAUCUUAAAGUUGUUUAGAUGUUGUAAGUUGUCAUUCAACAAGUUUUUUCUGCGAUGGAAUCUCAGUUGUCUCUCAGUCAACCCAAUGCAAUCAAAUGGUUUUAGUUCUUUUAAAAAGACAACUUUACACUAGAUGAAUGGAUGAAAAUAAAAUGGCAUGCUUUCAAGUGUCAGACUUAAGUUAAGAGUUAAGUUAUGAAGUGGACAAAUUCAUUCUCAUAAAAACCUGCCCCCAUGCAAGUCCUUUGUCUACAAAUAAAGUCAUUUUUAACUACAAAAACUAACAUCUUCAACAUGUUUCGUCCCUUAUCUAAAAAAAUCAGAGAAUUAUACAGUAUGUGAGAUUCCUAAAAUAUCCACUAGAUGGCACCUUAUCACUGAGAACAGUACACAGUGAAUAAUCUAACUUCUCUGCAAAUGUUCUCUGGAACAAACAUAAGGGGUGGGUUGCACCAACAAUUAAGCAUUGGGCUUCAAUUUGGUUUAAAUGCUUAUUUAAUAAUUCUGUUGCAGCAAAGUUUAAAUUUUGUUUAAAAAUAAUCAAGGUUA